AUGACGACCACCGUGGUCAGGCCCGCACCCACUGUCGCUGAUCAAACGGGCCGAUUUGCAUCGUACGUCGAAAAAACAGUCGCUCUUUCAGAAUAUAUUCGCAAAAGUUAUGCUUUGUUCUUGAACGAUCGACCAAUCACCGUCUACUUCGUUACCGCGUUCCUGCUCGGCUCGCUGACCGCACUCGGAAUUCACCUCAAUCCGUUGCCGGAUUUUUCCGCGCCCACUCUAGGAUUCGACACCAGAGGGACUGUCCUGAGUGGUCGAGUUCAAGCAUGGAAUGCACUGGACGAAAAAACUGCCUAUUAUCCAGAGUCAAACAAGGAAUUUUUUCGGCAACUACCUCCAAGUGACGUAAUUCCUAGGUAA